AUGUCUUCGACAUCCGAUAUUGGACACAGCACCCCCUCGCAGAAGUCCAAGCGCUCCCGCAUCUCCAGGUUGUUGCGGCGCGCGGACUCUUCCUCAUCCUCAGUCGGCGCAACGCGAUCCUCCGAAGUCAGCCCCGAGCGCACCAACACCAAGCGCUCUCGCGUCGGCACACUCUUCCGUCACCCCGGCUCCUCGUCUUCCUCCCUGUCUGUAGCGUCAGAUGCCGAAGACGAUGCCGCUACCAAGGCGAAGCGAUCAGCUCUGCGACGCUCGCUGUCUGCGCUCAGCACCAAGGCUCGCCAUGGCGCCUCGCAUCGAUCGUCUUUGGACUCAGAGACGCUCGGCCUCGACACCCGCGCAGCGUCCCCACCGCUCGACGCAUCUGCCGACCACAAGAUGCUCAGUCCUGUCGUUGAGUCUCCCAUCGCUGACUCUCCCGGCGGACCCCACAUCUUCUCGCCCAUGCUCGUGGUAUCCAAUCCUCAAGAGCACGAGGCUCCUCCUGAAGCAAUCGACAUCCUGCCCGCUCCCCUUGAACCCACUACGGACGGUGCCACGCAAGCACCCUCUGCAGAAGUCUCGACGACGGCGCCGGCAGAAGAGCCUACGAAGUCGUCGCUCCCUGCCGCCGAUGAGGGGUCGGGAUCGACCGUCUCAUCUGAGGCAUCAGGCCCGCCAGUUGCCCGCGAAGCAUCAACGACCGAUGAGAGCAGCUCUGUGGACGCUCCUCGCGCACCGACGCUGAGCAACUCGUCCGUCUCGAGCGACUCCGACUCCGCGGCACCCUGGGAGGAGUACGAGAGUCUGGGAUGGUCCAUGUUUGAACUGCCAGGCGAGGCGGUAUACUUCGCGCAUCGGGCGAAGGGCAUCGUGUCUGACGUCGAUCUUCGCCGUGAGGGUGCCAUGCGCGAAGUUUUCGAGUUCUUGGCGGGCCCGCACGUCACUCCUCUCCCUGGCUGGGAGCUCUGGUUACGCGACACAGGCAACUCGCCGUCUCGCGCUUCGGACUACUCCUUCGUCAACCAUGGAUUGCGAUUGGUCAGCUUCACGCCUGAGCCGGCCGAGCCCACUGCAGCAGGACAAGUUUUGUACUGGAUGUAUGUGGAGAAGCACCCCGCACACUGCGCGCCGGUCGUCCUCUCGGAAAAGACGGUUUCCGAGGCACACAAUGCACUCACCUGGGAGGGCCGCAAACUACUUCCAUCAGGCAACCGGAUCGACGUGCCGAUCUUCACUCAAGAGGAGCGCCAGCAUUUUUCCGACUCGUUGAGGUCGUUCAAUGGUAACUCGACGCUUGCGGAAAUGACGAGCAUAACACGGGAUAUCGCUCGUAUCUUGCUCCGUAUGUGCCAAUGGGAGCAAGAUCAAUGGCAUGAGCUUGGUGGCGCGGAGCAGGUUGCGGCAGUACGCGAGUCCAAGUCUGCCGAGGUGACGGACGCGCCCAGCGAGCGCGCGAUACCUGUACCCUUCAGCGACCAAUACACCCUGGGGCUCAGGGAUGUUGUUAUGGUUGCUGUCGCCGCCGGUAUGGUUGUCGGCUGCGCCGCUCUGCUCGGCCCGGCGGCUGCAUUCGUGAUGGUACUUCGUGAAGUAAGGCGCAGAUAG